AGGCUCUUCUCUCUGAUUGUCAUUCACUCGUUCUGCACAGCCACACCACCUACCCAUCCUCCCAGCCAGAGACACAACACAGCUAGAGGGAGGAAGGGGGAGAGGGACGAUCACAGCACUGCGCUGCACUGACGGAGAGAUGACCAAGGACGUGGAGAUGGCGGCGCGGAACGGCAGCAACGGCGCCGUCGCCGGCGAGGCCUACUACCCCCCUCCCCCGGCGCAGGGCGGCGACGUCGACGUGGACGACGACGGCAAGCAGCGGCGAACAGGGACGGUAUGGACAGCGAGCGCGCACAUCAUCACGGCCGUCAUCGGCUCCGGCGUGCUCUCCCUCGCCUGGGCGACGGCGCAGCUCGGCUGGGUCGUGGGGCCAGUCACCCUGAUGCUCUUCGCGGCGAUCACCUACUACACCUCCGGCCUCCUCGCCGACUGCUACCGCACCGGCGAUGCGCACACCGGGAAGAGAAACUACACCUACAUGGACGCCGUCGCAUCCUACUUGAGUCGGCCGCAAGUGUGGGCCUGUGGUGUUUUUCAGUACGUCAACUUGGUCGGGACUGCAAUCGGGUACACGAUCACAGCGUCCAUCAGCGCGGCUGCUAUAAACAAGGCCAACUGCUUCCACAAGAACGGCCGGGCGGCCGACUGCGGCGUGUACGACUCCAUGUACAUGGUGGUGUUCGGGGUCGUCCAGAUCUUCUUCUCCCAGGUCCCCAACUUCCACGACCUGUGGUGGCUCUCCAUCCUCGCGGCGGUCAUGUCGUUCACCUACGCCUCCAUCGCCGUCGGCCUCUCCCUGGCGCAGACCAUAUCAGGCCCUACCGGCAAGGCCACCCUGACCGGCACCGAGGUUGGAGUGGACGUUGAUUCGGCCCAGAAGAUCUGGCUCGCGUUCCAGGCGCUCGGCGACAUCGCCUUCGCCUACUCCUACUCCAUGAUCCUCAUAGAAAUCCAGGACACGGUGAGGUCACCGCCGGCGGAGAACAAGACGAUGAAGAAGGCGACCCUGGUGGGAGUCUCCACCACGACGGCCUUCUACAUGCUGUGCGGCUGCCUCGGCUACGCGGCGUUCGGCAACGGCGCCAAGGGGAACAUCCUCACCGGCUUCGGCUUCUACGAGCCCUACUGGCUCAUCGACUUCGCCAACGUCUGCAUCGUGGUGCACCUGGUGGGCGCCUACCAGGUGUUCUGCCAGCCCAUCUUCGCCGCCGUCGAGGGCUUCGCGGCCGCGACCUGGCCCAACGCCGGGUUCAUCACCCGCGAGCACCGCGUCGCCGCCGGCAAGCGGCUCGGCUUCAACCUCAACCUCUUCAGGCUGACGUGGAGGACGGCGUUCGUGAUCGUGAGCACGCUGCUGGCCAUCCUCAUGCCCUUCUUCAACGACAUCCUCGGCUUCCUGGGCGCCAUCGGGUUCUGGCCGCUCACCGUCUACUUCCCCGUGGAGAUGUACAUCCGGCAGCGCGGGAUACCGAGGUACACGACGAGGUGGGUGGCGCUGCAGACGCUCAGCUUCCUCUGCUUCCUGGUGUCGCUCGCGGCGGCGGUCGCGUCCAUCGAGGGGGUCACGGAGUCGCUCAAGAACUACGUCCCGUUCAAGACCAAGUCAUGAGGUUGGGAGUUUUUGCAUGCUGUGAAAUAAUCAACUGGUCGUCGACGAUGCUUGUUUGUGCGUGAGAAAUCAUCGUCGGCUGGGUGCGUCGGUGAGGGGUCUAUCCCGUGUUACGCCCGUCUGUGUUGCUCAGAACCUCAACUUACUCAAGGAAGGGAUAUAUUUAUAGAUCACCUUAUCCUACAGGCUCCAGAUGUUGGUCCUGACUUUAUGUACAUAAACUUGAGUUCAUACCAAAAACUGAGGAUGUUUAACUUGA